UUAGCUUAAACCUGCUCAUGCUGAUCCAUAGUAUCUUAUCUCAUGGUCAAGCAACCCAACUGGACGAGGGUCUGAAACUGCCAUUUUGGUCCAAGAAAGUUGGCCGAAGUUUCAAAAGCUGGUUCAAAUUUUUACCCAAAAAAGAAAAAUAACAGCGGGUUCGGAUGGGACCUGAAUGCCAGCAAGAAACUUCCUGCUCCCACGCAUGGCUCAGGAGGGUGAGGGCUGAGGUUGGUGGGCAGGUGGAAAGUAUGGGGACAUUAUUACAUGGAUCAAUGAUGGAGGCUUCCAGAGAAAGAGAACUAUUCAUCCAGCUCUGCCUUAGCUGUACCCCAAGGCUCAUCCAGCCUACCAAUGAUGAACCCUCCGAAUGAACCUCGGAAAGCAGGGCAGGGGACCAAUGGUCCAAACUCCCGAAGGAUACGUGAGCCUCUUUUGCUCUGAAACCAAAGCAUGGAUAAAAAAAUCUAGUCAAGCUUAUCUCUCAGGCCCAACCCGAGCAUCUAUGUGUGAUAUCUUUGUUCAUGAGUACUCCACACACGUACGUCGAACCAUCUAUUUGCUCUUAUUUCCUAUUGGCUCCCCUACGUUGCUGCAACUUUUCCUAUAAAUAGUGGUCCUCUUCUGGCUUCUUAGCUCGUGAACAAUCUUAGAAGCUCAGCAAAGUUCGCAGGCAUUACGCAAACAACAUUCUCCUUGAAGACCCCUUCAACCUUGGCAUUCCCUCAUCUUCUCUUAAUGGCUCCUUCUCGUUUUCUUAUUGCUUCCCUCCUCCUGCUUCUGUUUGCGUUUUACCUCGCAGAGCCGCGUACGGUGUCUGAAUCUGAAAAGGUGACGAGAGGAGGGUUGGGAAGGUCUCUUCUCGCUAACACUUCUAUAAACUGUGGAGAGGCAUGUGAUGGGAGGUGCCGGCUGUCGUCGAGGCCUAACCUUUGCAAGAGAGCUUGUGGGACUUGCUGCUCGAGGUGCAACUGUGUUCCUCCUGGCACCUACGGCAACUAUGAGGCGUGCCCUUGUUAUGCUGCCUUGACCACCCAUGGAGGCGUGCGCAAAUGCCCUUGAGAUGAUGUCUUGGGUUGGUAGCAAGCCGUUUGUAUUGCAGUGUGUGUUUCUCCUUCUGAAAAUGAUCUUUCUAGUCUUUGCUGUGUAAUAGCUUGGCCUUCUAGUAGCGAUUAUGGUAAUUACAUGAUAGGUUACGUGGAAUAAAUGGUUGUAACAUAGUUUUGGAAUGUAUAAAAGAAGGUGGAGCCGCAUUCGGGGUUGAGUGCCACCCCUGAAUGCUGCCAUACUAGGUAUACAUCAUCUCUGUAGGUCUCUACUUUUAUAAUGGAAACUCUCAUUUUUGUGUUCUA